ACAUGCUUCUGAUAGGUUUCUCACACUCUGCUUCGUGAUCAGGUCGCUCCGUGACGCUAGCUCCUUCGUGUAAGAUAAGUUGCGUUAUGUUUUGGCGCGGGGUGUGACGCUAGCUCCUCAAAAACUCGAUGCUGGCUCCUCAAAACGCUAGCUCCUUCGUGUAAGAAAAGAAGGCGCUUCGAGCCCGCUUAGUGCUGUAGUCACUGCGUGCGUGGAGAAAGAAGCUUAUCCUGCUGCGAGCGCGACUCUCUCUCCUCCCGGCCGCGGCUUUCGCUCUUUAGCUCUCACCAUCUUUAGUGGCUUUAAAUCACCCGCAUUAUCCGCAUUAUCCGCGUUAUCCGCAUUUCCCGUGUUUGCACACGGAGUUAAAAAGGCGCAUUUGAGGCCUUCAAGUAGAGCCAAUUCGGAAUCAGCGGCGAGAAUUACGCCAAUCCCUAACAUUCUCAUACAAAUGUUCUAAUCACAUGACUUUCGAGGCCUGAAGCGAUCGUGAUCAGGUAGCCAAGUAACCGGGUUACCCGGCCGACUCGCUUACUCGCAACGAAGUAGGUGACUUGGCGGGAAACGUUUGACUUGCAACGUAAUCUGUUCUCGCCGCCUUCAGAUCGCCGCCUUCGAAUCGCCACCAUGUUGACUCGCUCCCCGCCGAUCUCCCCCCGCCUCCGCUCCCCACUCCGCGCCUCCCCUUUCGCCGCAUCCCCCGCAGCAUCCCCCGCCGCGUCUUCCGCCGGUCACGGCGGGCCGAAAGUAGUGCUGGUCGGCGUGACGCUCCACCAAUCAGGGGGGUCCUUCUGGGGGGGCGUGCGCGGGGGCGGAAGCGGAAGAGACGCGGGGGGAGGCGGAGGGGGGAGCGGGGGUGUGACUGUAUCAAAGGAUGGGCUGGCGCUGGUGGAUUUCGCGUUAUCGAGGCUGGUUGUAUCGGGGGACAGGGUGGUGGCGCUGCUGAUACAAACGGGGGGCGAGAGGGAGAGAGGGGAGAAGGGGGAGAGGGAGCGGGGGGAGGAGGAGGCGCGAAGGGUGGUGCAAGCAGCGCUGCAGCCACUGGCGGAAGUAGCUUCCGCCAAGCAGGUCGCAGUGGAGGUGUCGGUGUGCUGGGCGGCAGACGUGCCCCAGGGCUUGCUGGAGGGCGCAUUGAGCAUGGGAGCCGGCAUAGUGGUGGUGGGGGCGGCCAAGAAGGGCGGACUCAGCUUCAAGAGUUCCUCGUCUGCAGCCACCCCGGACACGGUCUCUCAGCUCGCCCGGCGCCUCCCCUCCACCACCAAGGUCAUGCUCAUCUCCCACGGCGCCUGCUCCCUCUCCAAAUCCGGGGAACUCCCCGCCCCCUCAACGCCCUCCCCUUCCCCCUUCCCCUCCCACGCGGGGCUAUCCCCAUCCCUCGCUGCCGCAUCGCCCGUGUCCCCCUUAGCUGGCUUGUCUACCACCUCUACCGCCUCUGCCUCCCCCCUUCCGCCGGAUCCGAGAGUGUGCGAGCCUGCUCGGUGUGGGCCUGAGACUCGGGGGGAGGGUGGGGAGAGAGGGGCGAGGGGGAGUGGGAGUGCUGAGGCGAUGGAGGUAGAUGGGGGGGGGAUGGGUACUGGGGAGGGGAGAGGGGGAGCGGAAGCGGUGGAUUCACAAACAGCAGCAAGAGCAGCAGCAGCAGCAGCAGCAGCAGCAGCAGCAGCAGCAGCAGCAGCAGCAGCAGCAGCAGCAGAAGCAGCGCCAGCAGCGCCAGCAGACGGGGGCUGGCAGCAGGAACCCACCGCCCGCCUUUCCUCCUCCAAUCCGCACCACCCCUCAGCCGACCCCCUCCCCCCUCCCCCCCCCUCGGAGAUCGUCCGCGAGGUGUAUGGGAGAGAGGAGUACGGGGAGCAAGAGUUUACUCUUGAACAGAUUCUAGAGGCUACGGACGAUUUUAACCCCAAGAAUGUGCUGGGGGAGGGCGGAUCUGGACAGGUGUUUCUAGGGACGAUCACCAUGGCAGUUCCUGAUUUGAGUGGAAGGGGAGGAGGAGGAGGAGGAGGAGGAGGAGGGGGAGAAGGGGUAUUGGGUGGGAAUGGGUUGGGAAAUGGAGGGAGACCGAGUGGGAGGUUGAAAGAAAUUCUUGCGGGCAGCAAGCAACAAGUUGCGGUGAAGCGGCUCCGCUGGUGGGGUCCUGCCCUGGCCGAAAAAAAGUGUGCGGUCAACACGAAACAAUUUCUUACCGAGCUUCGGGUGGUCCGGAAGGUUCGGCACCCGAACCUGCUGCGCAUGCUCGGUGCGUGUGUAACAGCCGGGGAGCUCCUUAUGGUUUUUGACUAUUUACCCAACGGCGCGCUCGACAUGCGGUUACGGGAUAACCGGAAGCCGGUGCUGACGUGGCAGCAGCGGCUGGAGAUUGCGAGUGGGGCGGCGCGGGGUUUGGCGUUUCUGCAUAGUGGUUGCCACCCGCCCAUCAUUCACCGGGACGUAAAGUCGGGAAACAUCUUGUUGGAUGAAGACCUAGAACCCGUGGUGUCUGACUUUGGUCUGGCCAAGGUAGCACCAGAGCAUUUCACUCAACCAAUGACAGUCACUGCCAUCAUGGGCACUCAGGGCUACGUGGCACCAGAGUACGUGCGGACGGGCAAGAUCACCAUGGCGGUGGACGUGUUUGCAUUCGGCGUGGUACUGCUCGAGCUCAUAACGGGCCACAUCCCUUUCCACCCCUCCAGAACACCCGCGUACCUCUUCGCAUGGGCAAUCCCAGUGGCAAAGGCAGGGGAGUUCCACCGGUUGGUUGACUACCGUCUCGAGGGGAAGUACGACGCGGCUCAGCUGCAGGCGGUGGUGAUGCUGGCGGUGAUCUGCCUGGCCACCAACCCCAAGGACCGACCGGCUAUGCGCGAUGUGGCCAAGUGGCUGACAUCGUGGGUGGGGCACAAUAAGGCCAGUGGCCAAGUGGCUGACAUCGUGGGUGGGGCACAAUAAGGCCAGUGCUUGAUGGCAUCACAAGCAGAAGACACAGUGCUUGCGGUGCCAAAGCCACCCCAAAGCCUGUGCAUGCCAGCUUUAGGCCGCGAACUAGCAUGAAGCUGUGGCGUAUUGUAGGGGUCAUAAGCCAAGGGUUGUAAGGCCAGGACAAUGUACUGGCAGUGGCAUGACCACAUGUUUUUCUCCGACAUUGUUACAGUACCUAUCGGCAUAAAGAGGGCCUAUACAA